AUGGCGCUGCUCCCACGGCCACCCUCUCUCUCUGCUCGCCGUUCUUCUCUGCUAGGCGAUGGCCAAGCUCUGGCGAGCUGUUGCCCUAAGCCGAGGACCGAUAGAUUCUCCGAUGGCAGGCGAAUUCCUUCCAUCUGCAGAGCCUCGUGGGGGGAGGUAUCCACAUUCUUCUUUGAAUUUUUUUCCCCUCUCGUUUCAUUUCUGAUCGUAGUUUGAUGGUUUCCCCUCAUCGCCCUAGUUUUUUGUUUGAUUUUAGUUUUUUAUUUCUUCCGAUUCGUCCAGCUAGUCGGGGUCCUGGUCUUCUCCGCGAUCCCGUUCGCGGCGGUGAAGGCCGUGGCCAACAGCUCGGUGGGAGAGGAGCUGCGGAGGAGGUUGGAGGGAACGAAGAGGACCAACGUGGAGAAAUCCUCGAGGUUUAAGGCCCUCUCAGAAAGGGCGAGAGAGGCAAGGUAACUAGUGGAACAGGCUUUCAACUUUAUCUUGAAAACCGGCACAAUCUCGAAAAUCCCCGUAGAUGCUGAAGCAGAUCUAACAUUCUCUUGGAUUCCUGUAUGGAACUAUACCAAAUAUAUGUUCCGAAUGGAAAUUCUCCAAUUAUGUCUGCCUAAGAUCCGUCUGCUCGCGCAUAGAUUUCUGCAUUUCUAUUUAUUGCUCAGCAUCUGAGGGGAUUUUUGGGCGGUUGUCUUCUGAAUGAUCCAUAUCUAUUUUUCUGUUAAGCUUGUGGUAUGGGAAGCAUCGGCCUCGCUGGCUUGGUCCUUUACCAUAUGAAUACCCCACCUACCUCACCGGAGAAUUUCCUGGCGACUACGGCUUUGAUAUUGCAAAUUUAAGCGAGGAUCGCAAGGCUUUUGAGAAAUACUUCAAGUAUGUGUUUCAUCCUUGUAUUUUUUUUCUUAUCUAGAAUUCAAUUUUUGUCUCAGUUCACUGCAAAUGAAACUUGGCGUCUCGUUACUAUUUAAAGCAUGCACUGAAUCACCUCCGAAAUGAUUUUAGUCUUAUAAUUAAACCUUAUUUUUAUUUUAUCUGCAUAAUAAUAUUUGUGUAUAAAUUUUUUCUGUUUGGAAGGACUUUGAAUGAGUAUGUUUUCACAAUUAUGCAGGAGCAUGCACUUCUAUUCUUGUUAAUUUAUUAAUUCAGCCCUCAAACAUCUGUUCUCUGCUACUCCUGGUUGCAGCUUUGAAAUCCUUCAUGCUCGUUGGGCAAUGCUUGCCUCUCUUGGUGUUCUUGUUCCAGAGGGGUUGGACCAACUGGGUGUUGUGCACUUUGUCGAGCCUGUGUGGUGGAAGGUUGGCUACGCAAAAUUGAAGGCAAGCAUCUUUACAGAGAUAAAAGAGAAUGAAGCUUGUGUAAAUGUUUUUUAGACACUUUAAAUUGUGAAUUGUGACCCAUCCAAUAAUAAUGGACAUAUAUUCAAAGAUGGAGUCAAGAUAAUCUUGACACGAAAUGUUUUCCUCAGAAUUUAACAGUAAAACUAUUGAUAAGAAGAUUAACUGUCAUGAUGCAUACUUUUAUAGAGCUAGCUGGGAAUUGUGAAACUUCUGAGACGAAAUUCAUACAAGUUCUUUAUUUCAUCAUCACUCUUGAGUUGCACGCUUGAACAUGCCCAUGGACAUCUUGGUAUCUUCCACGUGGCAUUGCAGCCAUUAAUCACACCAGGUCUGAAGCACUGGUAGAGACGCAUAGAACAAAGGCCAAAUAUUGACAGUGAAAAGGACCCAUUUCUUCUGAUUAAUCUCUUGUUAUAUGAUAACAGAUUUUUUUUUCUUAUUCAUGAGAAACGAACAUAAAUGCUGCUUUUUUUUUGUCUGAUAUCAAUUUCUUCUGUUUAGGGUGACACCCUCGAUUACCUUGGCAUUCCUGGGUUUCACAUUGCUGGAAGUCAGGGAAUUAUCGUCAUAGCCAUCUGCCAAGCUCUUCUAAUGGUAAUCCACAUGAUUUUUUAUUUAUUUCAAAAAAUUACUUGAAUUUAUAUUUGAUAAAACCCUUGCUGGCCAAUCUAUCACAAGCUUAUUUUCUCUUCCCGGUGCUUCAACCUGCGUCGUUGUCUGUACCUACCACAUCCCUUUUUCAUCCCCAGACAAAAUAUUAUGCAGGACCUCUGAAUUCAUUGCAGUCUGCCUCAGAACCAUUUCCCCUGGGGGGAAAUCACUUGGACUUGAAUGUUUUUAGAGAGAGAAGCAAAGAAUUACAUCUCCUCCCUCCCUCUAAAACUCUGUCACAGAUCGUGUUCGUCCCCAGUCAGAUAUUCUGUGGGCCUGUGAAUUUGUAGCUCCUGUUUCACGCCCAAUUUUCCAUGUAGAAAUAGCCCUUCGAUUUGAAUGUUUUAUUGUGAGUGAAACCAAGAAAAGCAUGGUCACUCUUGGGGAUGUGGGUCCCCCAGGUUGGACCGGAGUAUGCCAGAUACUGUGGAAUAGAAGCCCUGGAGCCCCUUGGCAUCUACCUGCCUGGAGACAUAAACUACCCCGGCGGCCUCCUCUUCGAUCCGCUGGGGAUCUCCGAGGACCCUGCUGCCUUCGAGGAGCUCAAGGUGAAGGAGAUCAAGAACGGGCGCCUGGCCAUGGUCUCCUGGCUUGGCUUCGCCUUCCAGGCUGCGUUGACCGGUAAGGGCCCUAUCCAGAAUCUUGUAGAACACCUAGCUGACCCUUUCCACAACAACGUCCUCUCUCUCCUCAGCCAUUCAUGA